AUUCUGCUAGCUUGCAUUUUUUGGACAGUUAGAAAACAUGCACCAGAUUCACAGGAAUAGGCUGAGGGGAUCAUUUUGUUUCCCAUUUACAAAGCCUGGACUGUGUACGAACACCAUAUUGUUUUCAGUGCAGAACAGUGUUAGAAGUGCAGACUUCACCUUUAAACCACUGGGGGUCAGCAUACAAUAUGUUUUCAGGGGCUGUUGAAGAAUCAGUGCAUGGAUGCAGCAUUUGACUUUCGUGAAGUAGAAGGACUUACAAGAGUAGCAUUUCCAAAAAAGCCCCAAAAAACAUGACCAUCCAAAAGACUGAAUCCUACAAUUUCACAGUGUCUCCACUCCACUGCCACGUGCCCCUCUGCCUCCCCUCACGUUUACGUCAUCAGGGUGUUUUUAUUCGAACUUUAGAAAGCUCCUCUGGGGCCACUGAGGACGAGACACAACUGUUUCCACAGACUGACAAAUCGACUCCGUCAUGACUGGAUUUGAUACAAGUAGAAACUGGUGGAGUGCCGCUUCAAGUUGCCUAUUUAAGCAGCUGAAUCUUCUGUUGGUGUUGAUGAUGCACUGUUCAUACGACACGGGGGGAGUAUUUCCUCUCAUGCUCCCACUACAUCAGAUUGAGACCUGUAAACCAAACGGGCCCCUUUUACAGGAAACUGUUUCUCCAUUUCAAGUGAAGUGAGAAAAAGACCACAGCUACAGCUAAGUGAAGUGCAACAUGAAGCGUAAAGGAUUGUGCCAAGCCAUCGUGUUCGUUGAGCUGCUGUUGGUGUAUUGUGCAACUCAGAGUCACCAAGUUAUUCAAGCAGGCUGCGAUGAAGAUGUUUCACUCAACUGUCCAGGUGUCGACUCCAUAGAUUUCCUCUCAGUGACGUGGUACAAGCAUGUCAACAGUCAAAAAUUUGGCAUUAUAAAAAAACGCAAACGUGACCAGGCACCGCUGAUGUACAGCUACGCUCGGAACGUCAGCUUUGGAGAGAAUUACAGUCUGUUCCUGCCCAGAGUGAAACCUCAAGAUUCGGGCACAUAUUUGUGUGAAAUUGGUGCAAAUGUAGGAGGUCAAAGCCAAUAUCCCACAGUCGACCUAACAGUAAAUGAGUGUGUGACCCAGGCUGACCCAACAAGUCAAGUUGCCGAUCUUUCACCAACAAAUGCACCAACAAAUGUAAUGAACAGAACUCAGCCCAUCCAAGUGCAGGAGCUGCCCAUCCUGUGGACCACAGCGGGUUAUGCGGCAGUGGCACUGGUUAAAAUUGUUCUUUCUCUAAUCAGCAUUUGGGUUCUUCGCAUCAGCUUUUCAAGGAAGCAACAGAGACGGCACUGCAGCUGAACAUUCGACCCGUUUGGAGACUUCAGGGAGGACAAAUCUUCUACACCAACAAUCAAAAAGAGCUUUAUUUUUGUGUUUUUGUAUUUAACAGGUGUCUUUUUUUUUGCAGACGGAUUGUCUUGAUAAGUGCUCUCAGUGUGUGAAAGUGUGCAGAGCCUGACCACUUGCUGCUUUUUUUUAUUAGCACAAAAGAGGCCAACAGGAACACACCACAGAGGAUGUAAGCUUUCAGUAGAAGAACAGAAACCACCACAAUAUUCACACUGUUUCAGGUGUUCACAACAUCUGACAGCUGAUCUACUGUAACAAAUAAUUCAUCAAGCUUACAUUUUAUGCUCAUUUAGACAAUCUUUAAAUUUGUUUUUACUGAGUUUAGAUAAAUUUAAUCAAAUCAACAAAACUGUUUUUACUCUAUAAGAAAUGAAUGAUGAUAAAUAAGUUUUCAUGUAUAAAAUCAACAACUGUGUUAGUUAGCGUUCUGUUCUUUUCUAUCCCCUUGAAUUUUAAUUCCUGUUGAAGAAGUGAAAGCUCAACUCUUGCUCUCCAGCCUGCACUGACUGUCACUGUUUGUGCUGUUAAAGGAUUCUACACUGACACAGGAAACACAGAAAACAUGUUUCAAUGAAACUUGCCGUUUGUAAAUGUGGAUCAGAGAUCAUGAAAGAAGAGAGGGAUCUGACAGGGUGCAGUCCAGCGCAGACUGGAAUAUAAUGUGCAAAGAUCCCCAUCUACUGGCAACACAGCAGCACUUACUUGUUUUAAAGCAACCAUGACAGAAUAACCCACUAAUUUGAUUUAAAUGUGUAUAAUUUUAUAAAUCUGGUCCAGGAAUGUUAUAGAAUAAGAGUGUUUGUUCAAAGCUGCAAUACUGUUAAUGUGUAUUUUUACAUGAUGUAUUAACAACAAAUAAAAAUAGAUAUCAGCAAUUCA